GAGGUGUAAACCCAGGGCAGUUAACUAGCUUUGCAUAGUGCACAUAUUACUUACCAAGAAUUCUUGCUAUUUCAAAUUUCUUUAAAGUCUUGUUCCAUUUUGCUUCUACUGGAGAACCAACUUCAAAAACAGCUUCUUUGCGCACUAUUUAUUGUAACAAGCAGCUGAGAACAUCCAUGCUUUUGUUGUAAUUCACAUAUACUUGUUCUAAGUGUCCACACCAGACCAACAGCAUUGAAUCUAUUAUUGAUGGUUGUUGGCCAAGUUGAAUGUUUGUUGGUUAGACCCUCAUAUGUUUUCACUUACAGAGUAAGUUUAUAGUUUGAAGUCAUAAAAUUAAUAUUAUAAUUUUUUAAAAGUCAGGAGAGUUAGUAGUCGAAUUUAAGGCAACAGUCACAAUAACUUUGAAACAUUUGUAUGUUCUUUGCAAGUGGAGCUCCAAAAUGGUUACUUUUAGUAUUUCUUUUCAGGCAUGUCUCUAACACUUUGAACACCAGCUGUUAAAACAAAAUUAAAAAGUGAAGUCAAUGAAUUUAAACAAGGGGAGAAUAAACGGAACACAAUGAAAAAGGUACAUGCAGUAGUGAAUAAGGACGCUUGGUGGCGCUGCAGACUAAGCGUAUGAAUAAUGGGCUCUGCAGAUGCUCUGGUAGCCAUUACUGGCCAUCAGAAUUUACACUGCUCCUUAAAAGAAGCUGACGUUCAAGAUGGAUCUAGCGGCGAGAUUUCUAGAGAAGGCAUAGCUCCAACAGCAAGUCAGUGAGUGAAAUUUAGUUCUGUUAUUUCAUCAAAAGACAUGGGUGGAUUCUAACAAAUUAAAAGAUACUGAACCUUCUGGAUCCAGUGUGAACAAUGGAGACAGCACCAGCAAAACCGCCACAGCAAAGGCAAGUGGUUUUUCUUGCUAUAUUGUUGCUACUGUGGGAGACUGGCUCUGAGGGAGUUAGAUACACCAUACCAGAAGAAACCGAGAGUGGCUACUUGCUGGCUAACCUUGCAGAAGAUCUGGGGCUCAGGGUUGGAGAACUGACCACUAGAGGGGCACGAAUCCAUCACAGAGGAAACAAAGAGCUCUUGCAGCUGGAUGCUGAGACUGGGAAUUUGUUCCUGAAGGAAACACUAGACCGUGAGGUGCUGUGUGGGGAGACAGAACCUUGUGUGCUGCACUUCCAGAUCAUACUGGAAAACCCUGUGCAGUUCUUCCAAACGGACCUGGAGCUCACAGAUAUAAAUGACCAUUCUCCAGAGUUCCCUCACAGGGAAAUGCUUUUAACAAUCCCUGAGAGUGCCCAGCCAGGGACUGUGUUUUCUCUGAAGGCAGCUCAGGACCCUGACAUAGGGAGCAAUGCUGUUCAGAACUACUCAGUCAGCCCCAACCUCCAUUUCCAUGUUGUUACUCACAGUAGAGCAGAUGGCAGGAAAUAUCCUGAGCUGGUGCUGGACAGAGCCCUGGACAGGGAGGAGCAGCCUGGGCUCACUUUAACCCUCACUGCUCUGGAUGGGGGGACCCCUGCCAGGUCUGGGACCACUACAGUUCGAAUUGAAGUCGUGGACAUCAAUGAUAACGCCCCCCAGUUUAUACAGUCCCUAUACGAAGUGCAGAUUCCUGAGAACAGUCCCCUCAAUGCCUUAAUUGUCAUGGUCUCUGCCAGGGACUUAGAUGCUGGGAUAUAUGGGAAUGUAGCCUACUCUCUGUUUCAAGGCGGUGGAGCUUCUCAAUCAUUUGUUAUUGACGAAGUCACAGGAGAAAUCCAUCUGAUCAAAGAGUUGGAUUUUGAGGUAACUCAAUACUACAAUGUGGAAAUCGCAGCCACAGAUGGAGGGGGCCUUUCAGGCAAAUGUACUGUGGCCGUACAGGUGUUGGAUGUGAAUGACAAUGCCCCAGAGCUGACCAUCUCCAUGGUCACAAGCCCCAUCCCAGAAAACUUCCCAGAGACUGUAGUUGCUCUUUUCAGUAUUUUUGAUCUAGAUUCAGGGGACAAUGGAAAGAUGGUGUGUUCUAUUCAGAACGAACUUCCAUUUCUUUUAAAGUCCACAUUUGAGAACUAUUUUACUUUAGUGACAGAAGGGCCACUGGACAGAGAGAGCAGAGAUGAGUACAACAUCACCAUCACAGUCAAGGACCUGGGCACACCCAGGCUCACAACCCAGCACACCAUAACAGUGCAGGUGUCUGAUAUCAACGAUAAUGCCCCCGCCUUCACCCAAACCUCCUACACCCUGUUUGUCCGCGAGAACAACAGCCCCGCCCUGCACAUAGGCACCAUCAGUGCCACAGACUCAGACUCUGGCUCCAAUGCCCACAUCACCUACUCGCUCCUGCCACCCCAAGACCCGCAGCUGGCCCUAACCUCGCUCAUCUCCAUCAAUGCUGAUAAUGGGCAGCUGUUCGCGCUCAGGGCACUAGACUAUGAGGCUCUGCAAGCCUUUGACUUCCGCGUGGGCGCCGCAGACCGAGGCUCUCCUGCUCUCAGCAGCCAGGCGCUGGUGCGCGUGCUAGUCUUGGACGAUAAUGACAACGAGCCCUUUGUGCUGUACCCGCUGCAGAACGCCUCUGUGCCCUGCACAGAGCUGCUACCCAGGGCCGCGGAGCCUGGCUACCUGGUCACCAAGGUGGUGGCUGUGGACAGUGACUCUGGCCAGAAUGCCUGGCUGUCGUUCCAGCUGCUCAAGGCUACGGAGCCCGGGCUGUUCAGUGUGUGGGCACACAAUGGCGAGGUGCGCACCACCAGAUUGCUGAGCGAGCGAGAUGCCCCUAAGCACAAGCUGCUGCUAGUGGUCAGGGACAAUGGCGAGCCUCCGCGCUCAGCCAGCGUCACUCUGCAUGUGCUGUUGGUGGAUGGCUUCUCUCAGCCUUACUUGCCUCUGCCAGAGGUCGCUAGCGACCCGACACGGGAUGAGGAUGCGCUCACGCUGUACCUGGUCAUCGCCUUGGCGUCUGUGUCUUCACUCUUCCUCUUGUCUGUGCUGCUGUUUGUCGGGGUGAGGCUGUGCAGGAGGACGAAGGAGGCCUCUUUGGGUGUCUACUCUGUGCCUGAGGGACACUUUUCUGGCCACCUGGUGGACGUCAGCGGCGCGGGGACCCUGUCCCAGAGCUACCAAUAUGAGGUGUGUCUGACUGGGGACUCUGGGACUGCAGAUUUCAAGUUCCUAAAGCCCAUAAUUCCCAACAGUCUGAUUCCAGACAGUUACAUGUUGAAUAGUUAAAAUUACAGAAAACGCUUAAGACACCUAAGAAAAGGAUUAAGAGAAAGAUAAAAUAGUAGUUUCUUGAAUGUCGGCAUUUUUCUGGUAAUCAGUAACAUUUCCAUAAUAUUACGUUUUAUAUUUCUAUGUGGCUUUACUUUUUGUGUCAUUGAUUAGUUUUUCAACUGUCUCCUGUCUUACUAGUGCAAUCUUAGUGUAUGUUUUCUCCUACUCAGUCUGUUAGUCAUGACUGAAACAGUUUUAAAAUUUUAUUUAAUGUAGUGUAUUUGGUAAGCAGUGUAGAAU